AUGCUAGAUUUUGGAACUAUGGAGAGCUUCUGGCAACUAGGUGAUGAGCUCAGAGGUCAGUCAAGAGCAUCAGAGGAUCACAAAUGGUCCACUGUUGCAACCAAGCUCGCUGAGCAGACUAGGAUGAAAGGGGAAAGGAUGAACAACCUUGAUCUCUCCAAAAGCUACUCUGAGUUCAGACCAAGUGAGAAAUUUAGUUUCCAGGAGAACAACAACCUUAACUUCAACAUGUUGAACUUUGAUGGCAAAUAUGUGCAAGAAGGUAUGGGCAAGAAUGUGAUGCAGAGCAAUGUUUACAACAACAUGAAUGAUGUUUACCAGAAGAAUGAUUUUAAAAGUGGUGGAAACAUGAAAGUUAACAAGUACAGUGGCAAUGUUGUUGCUAACAAAGAGAUGAGCAACAGCAACAAACACAACAAUGACAAUGCUGUUGACAAGAGGUUUAAAACCCUGCCUGCAUCAGAGACGCUUCCAAGGAAUGAAGUUCUUGGCGGCUACAUCUUUGUUUGCAAUAAUGAUACCAUGGAGGAGGACUUGAAACGUCACCUAUUUGGUUUACCUCCAAGAUACAGAGACUCUGUCCGGGCAAUAACACCCGGUUUGCCUCUGUUUCUUUACAAUUACACCACUCACCAGCUGCAUGGUAUCUUUGAGGCAACAACUUUUGGAGGCACUAACAUUGAUGCUACUGCUUGGGAAGACAAAAAGUGCAAAGGAGAAUCUAGGUUUCCAGCUCAGGUAAGGAUCAGAGUGAAGAAAAUCUGCAAAGCCUUGGAAGAGGAUUCCUUCAGGCCUGUUCUUCACCACUACGAUGGUCCAAAGUUCCGCCUUGAGCUCACUGUUCCGGAGACAUUGGAUCUGCUAGAUCUCUGUGAGCAAGCUGGCUCUCCAUAAGCCGUGUUCAACCUUUGCAAUACCACGUUGCUAAGGGAGGAGUGUGUGCGUCUUUAUAUAUAUAUGCAUAUUACCAUAAGAGCGUAAGCUUUUGGGAUUUAGUUAAGGAGUCGAAUUCAAGUGUAUGGUUUACUAAGAAGGGAGGAGUGUGUGCGUCUUAUGGCAAGAGGGUGAAGAGUCUCAGCCGAAGCGACUAGUUUCAGUUCUUGUUGUGUCUAAUAUGUUAGUUCGUCUGUGUGCCUGUAAGAGAUUUGAUAACUCUUUUGGAACAAUGAUUUUAUGUAGAGAGAAAUUAAGAGAUCAAAUAAUAGAGCCAGACCAAUGGUAUGAGCUAGUGUGUUGUGUUUGCUUGUGUAACAGAAAAAACAACAAAUUUUAACUUCAAAGAAU